GGUUUUUAAUAAUUCACAUAAAUGUCAUUAAUAUAUCAAAAAUUCUUUUGCUGCAAAUGUGAAAUAACUUUCACCUGUGUGGUAGAAGGCAGUUGUAAACUCAUGAUCAUACUCAUGGUCAUCUUUUUUAAUUAUAAAAUUUAAAUAAUAAUAAAAAAUAAACUUUGUACAUUAUCUUAAAAUAUUAUAACUAAUAUUUGAAAACAUUAAAAUGCAAACAAAUUCCUAUCUAGUCCAGGUUUUUUUAUAUAUUGGAAAAGUGUUGUCGAUCGUCCAGAGACCCAGUUCCCUCUAUUAAUUAAUUAACUUAAUUGACUCAAUUAAAUUUAAUCUCAAAUAACUCAUUGCCAAUAAAUAAAUUACUGAAGAUCACAUUGUCAGAGAUGCAAUUGUCUGCAGAAGUAUUAGUAAACAUUUACCAGCCGAAUCUACCGGUUGACAAUUCGAGAAAUCGCUGGGUUAUGAGUUGGUUGAUGGUUGGUAGGAAGUCUUUAUCGAACACUGAUGCCUACCUUCUGAUUCGCUCCAGGUCUGAUAAGUCAGGGAAAUAUUUUAAGCUCAAGGAUAAUGUUGAGAAAAUAUUUGAUGGACACAUUUUCAGAGGUAAAUGUACAAUCAGACUGAAAAACCCGCCAAAAGAAAUUCUCAUCCGUAGGGCGAAUGAUAUGUCUAAGUUGAGUGCCUUCUUGCACGUUUUGCGUCAGAACUUAAAUGAUAACCAGCCUGGUCACCUUCAGUUUUUUCCUCCUGCAACAACACAGCAAAUUGAAAGAACGGUGACGAGGCUGGUGAUAAGAUCUCGCCAGGAAUACCUCAUUUCCACAAACUUUCCCCACACACUUGAAGACCUCUGCGCCUCAUCCAUCAACCUCAGGCAGGUCGACAAUCGAAUUAGCAGCUUGAGGCAUCUGAGGACAUUGGAUUUGUCAGGCAACCAGAUUCGCACUCUUCCAGAUGCUUGGGACAAUUUGAAUCAGCUGGCUGAUUUGAACUUCUCCGACAACGGGAUCUCCAGCCUGCCGAGUAGUUUGUUCAACAAAUGUUGCGGACUUACCAGUUUAAACUUCAACCACAACAACAUCGAACACAUUCCAGCUGAGAUUUGGAAUCUCUCAAGACUAGUUACAUUGAAACUCUCCAGGAACUCCAUCAAGGAUCUUCCAGUGGGCAUCAGCAGGGCUCGCCAGCUUCGUGUUCUUGACCUUUCACACAACCUGAUCCUCGUGUUCCCUGCUGACAUGACCAGGAUGGCUAAACUGGAUACCAUUGAUCUCAGCGUAAAUGUCGGGUGUCAGAAGCCUUUUGUAGAAGAUUUUAUAAAAUUAAUUGACGAACCAAGUCCUAGAAAUGUAAACAAAUCUGAAUUUGUAGAUAUGGUUUUCGACGUUGCCAACCUACACCAUGCUCCAAAGUUGAUUGAACUUGCAGCAAGAGCUGUGAAAAAUUCCAGGAUAAACUACACGGCAGAAGAUGUUGGCCACUUGAAGGCGUACUUGGACAAUGAAGCUCACGAAUGUAAAAGGUGCAAACAAUUUUGCUACAAAGACUUCGGUGUCCUCAUAAAAUUAAUAUCAUUGCAUAAUUUGGUCGACAAUAUCAUAGGUCCGUGCAGUUUUUGGUGUCUCUUCUAUGUCUGCUCUCUCAGAUGCUUCCGAGCGUUAAAACGAUGGAAUCAAUGUAUUUUUUAACCAGUCAUUCUGCAAACAUUUUAAAUUUAUUGCUUAUAUUUAUUGUAACAUUGAACUUUGUGACGCAAGCCAGUUCGUGAGGCAAAGGAACAUUAUGCUCGUAAAAUAAAGUUCGAAUGAUUAGAAAAUGCUUCAAAAUUUGCUUUCAGGUUUUAAUACAACUUUUAGUGAAUUCAAAAACAAAAUACGUUUGAUGAAAUAUAUUUUAUGCCUUGAAGUUUGAUUUAUGUGACUUACAGGAAAAAUAAAAGAUGUCAAAAUGAUUAAUUUA